AUCAGUGAAAGACACCCCACAUUGGCGAAACUACUGAUAAACACGUGAAAAAUGUAUGUAAUGUUGCUAUGCCUUAAUUUGAUGUAAGUCGUUUUUAAGCAAAAACAUCGUCUACGUUGUAAAGGAUUAAAGACGUGUCGUUUUAAUGCAGAACAAUGUUUUUAUUGUCAUAUGUUUAUUUCAUUCACACAGUCCAUGCGCAGUGUUUAUAACAGAAAGCUGACAGCUUCAGUAGCGUUCGAUAGACAGUUGUGCAACCCGCUGACCUUCGUUUCUGUUUGGAUUUAUUUGCAAGCAUUCAGGUCAGUGCCACUGCAAAACUUUGGCAUAUGUGUUGGAGUAUGCUAAAGAUAUGAAUAUACUGGAGUGAUAAAACAGACAUCAUGACAGCGGAGGCCGUGUCCUCAGGAGGUCAGACUCAGAUCCCAGCCCCUGUUCAGAAGGACUACUACUACUUUUUCCGCUCUUUCGUAGCAGGAGGUGUUGCAGGUUGCUGUGCCAAGGCCACCAUAGCGCCUCUGGAUAGAGUGAAAAUUUUACUACAAGCUCAAAAUCCUCAUUACAAUCACCUUGGAGUGUUUGCCACACUUAAGGCUGUGCCAAAAAAGGAGGGUUUCCUUGGACUAUACAAAGGAAAUGGGGCUAUGAUGAUCAGGAUUUUUCCAUAUGGAGCCAUUCAGUUUAUGGCUUUUGAUAGCUAUAAAAAGUUCCUUAGCACACAACUUGGAAUAUCUGGUCACAUUCACCGGCUUAUGGCAGGAUCUAUGGCAGGAAUGACUGCAGUUAUUUGCACUUAUCCACUUGAUGUGAUCCGAGCUCGCUUGGCAUUUCAAGUUACAGGAGAGCAUCGAUACACUGGCAUACGAAAUGCCUUCCAGACUAUUUACCUUAAGGAAGGAGGAAUCUCUGGGUUCUACCGUGGUCUGACCCCCACGAUAAUUGGCAUGGCUCCAUAUGCAGGAUUUUCUUUUUUCACGUUUGGUACAUUGAAAACUCUGGGACUUACUCACUUUCCAGAACUCCUAGGCAAGCCGUCUCUUGACAACGCUGAUGUUUUAGUGCUGAAGACUCACGUCAAUCUGUUGUGUGGUGGAAUUGCAGGAGCGAUUGCUCAAACUAUAUCAUAUCCACUAGAUGUUGCCCGGAGGAGAAUGCAGUUAGGUACAUCACUUCCUGAUUAUGACAAAUGCUUGAGCCUCAAAAAAACUCUCAAGCAUGUGUACACCCAGUACGGCAUCAAGAACGGACUGUAUCGUGGCCUGUCCCUCAACUACAUCCGCUGUAUACCUUCACAAGCAGUUGCCUUCACCACAUAUGAAUUCAUGAAGCAAAUUCUUCAUCUAAACUAGAACAAUAGUGACUGGGCCUUAAAGGAACAAGUUGACAUGACCCCUGCCAGCAUCAUGGCAGCAGUGGGUGCCAUUCCAAUAAUGGGUUCUCAGAAACACACACACUGAUGGCAGUUCUGUGGCUUUGCACUCCCCGUCAACAGUCACUAUGGAUGCAGAGGACGAAAGCAUCACUGGUCAUGGCAUGGAAACCAAAGUAAACCUAAGCAACUUCUGCAUCAGUUAAACCAUAUAGCUAAUAACAGAAGAGAAAAUUACAAUUAACAAUAUGCCUUAACCUAUCCACCUGUCUCUAACUUAUAUCAGUAAUGUAAGCAAAACAAAUAAUGCACCAAAGGUUUUGUGGCUGUGUUUCAAUAGAUGUAUCAGAAUGCUUUUAGAUACAGUAUAACUGAUGAAAAUGUUUUUUGGUCAGAAUCUAAAGAGAUGGAACGUAAUAUUUCUUUGCUAAACUUGAUUUGUAUAUAGCAUAUAUUUCAUCAAAUCUGGGUCACUUCACCUCAAGUCUUACAGGCUAAUAUUCACUUAGUGAUUUAUAUGUAGCAUAUAUUUCAUCAAAUCAAAGAGUGUAUUUGAAGCCUAUGCAUUAUUAAGUAAUAUUUGCAUGCCAAGGUUACUGUGGCUCAAGGCUAAUGUUUGAUCAAUGCCUUACUGUACAGAUUAAUCCAUGAUAAUCACAAUCUCCAUUUUGGAAGAAAGCAACAUCAAAAACAAGUGAAAAUGUGUGUGGUGAGGAGCAGAUCACAGGCGAUUUGUUUAUGUAAAUUAUUAAUUGCAGAUGUUAAAUAAUUCAGUCUUUCCUCAGUUUUGAAUCUUUUAUUGGAGUAGCAUAUCAAAUUAACUUCAUGCUAUUACACUUUUACCAGCUCAAAUGUCAUCUAGCAAGUUUCUUAAUUCCCAAUCGUUGAUACCUUAUUUUUGUAAGGAAAUAAGCACUCUUCAAACUGUUGCACUCUUCUCCUCUCUGUUCUCAGUUUUCUUUGUUGCCAUGUGUUUGCGGUGAAAUAGUCAACUGGCCAUGAACUUUUUGGUACAAGAUGGACGUUGCUGCAUAUGUUUCCAAAAGAUGAAAGGGAACAUACAGUAUAUUAGUGAAUAUAUAAGAGAUAAGAGAGCCAGUGAUAAUUUUUUAGUACAGUCAACAGAUAUUGGAGGAUAUUGUUUUAUAAGUGAUAAAAUAUCAUCUCUAUGUUAAUGAUUAUUGACAGUCAUGAUUUAUCACAUUUUAGGUUUAUUUGCACAAAAUUCCAGAGCUAAAUCACUAAAAUGUGUUGUAUGUCUUAACUUUUUUUCUGAGGAGGAAGUUUAUGAUGCUGCUUUGAGUUUUUUUUUUUAUUUUGAAAGGCAUUUUAUCACUAUUAUUUAUUUGCAUUCUGACAAUGUGUUUGUUUCAGAUUAAAUGGUUAAUAAGCAUUGAACUUAUGAACAAUGAAUGUAUGCCUGUUUUGUACAUGUGAUUGUGAUGUGGUUAAUUUGUAUGUAUGUUUACAUGACCAUAAAUGAAAUGUGAAACCAAUUCUUUGGCCAAUAGUAUUUUAUAAUCCUAUUCCAUUCUGCUUCAUUUGUUAUCCAGUGGGAUUUUCCAAACAUCCCCUAAUCAUUGAAAUGCAUUCAGUAUGAUACCUCCCACCCACCUAUUUGCAUUUAUUUCCUUUUGAGUUUGUAAGGUACUGUUGUUCAAUAGCAUGCCUUAUUUGACUGGAAAAUAUGUUAUAAACAAAACUCUGGUUAUAGUGUAUGUCAUAGUCAUCAAUGUUACUAAGUCAUAAGAAAAGAAGAGAUGUGGUCAUUUUUCA